AUGGGAAUAAUCACAGUUGAGCCACCGAAAUACGACGUCUUGUUCAGAUAUCAGCCUCAGGACUUUCUUGGCCCACUACCAACACCAAAUGAUGUUGAGAGCGGUGAGCCAUUGCCAAACCACAAUGGAAGCGCCGAUCUUGUUCGAGUCCGAGAAAAGUUCGUUAUGAAAUACGGUUCAGAGGUACGACCUAUAGAAGCUCACAAUAUGCUCUACGUCUCAAAACACACUUCAGUAGUGUUACCUAAGGUCUAUGCUAUUUAUCAACAAAAAGAAGAACAUAAUGUCAUCACGUUUAUUCUUAUGCAAUACAUACAGGGUAAAACCCUCAAGGAACUUUGGGCACAACUUGACAAAACGCGGAAGACCUCUAUUGCCAAGACUCUCCGCACUUCAUUCGAUCAGCUUCGACAGUUGGAGCACCCAGGCUAUUUCGGUAACAUCAACGGUGGACCACCGCUAGAUGAUGUAUUCACGGGAACCCAAGGAGGCCUUGACAAUAUCACAUCACCUUUUGCGACCGAGGAAGAGUUGAUAAACUCCGUCAUUCAAAUCUACGCGCUCGAAACUGGAGGCCGAACUGCUCACAAGGUACGAUAUUAUCAUCAUGUCCUGCCAACCGUCCUCUGCAGCAACAAGGCUCCUGUCUUCACGCAUAACGACUUGCAGAGGAAAAACGUCAUUGUGCAAGACGACGGGACUGUUGUCAUUAUUGAUUGGGAGUAUUCGUCUUGGUAUCCCAACUACUGGGAAUACGCGUCUGCCAUGUUUGCAAAUGGUGGUUGGACGGACGACUGGGAUGAAUACUUGAGCAUAAUAUUGGAUGAAUAUCCCAACGAGGCACUUUGGGUGUCAACUAUGAAGACUGAGAUGUGGAGUUAG